AUGGGCGGUGUGCUCGGCCAAUUUGAAUAUCACAAUGCGAGUCUCUCGCCGCAGCAGACUGCGCGGCGCCAUCUUGCCGCUCGGGGUGCCAGCGUGCAUUUUAAUAUUAUAGGUGCAAGAGGCGAAUCUAUAUCUCGUCCAUCAGGUAGCGGUAUAGAGUAUCUAUAUCAACUAUUCAUCGUCGGUUCCAUUAUACCAGGGGGAUGUUAUAUAUCAUUAGAGUUGGAAGCGGUUGACACGUUAAAAGCAUGCAGCGAGUCGCGGGGCGAGAGGGGCGAGAGGGGCGAGAGGGACGAGAGGGACGAGAGGGACGGAGAGCGCGAGCGAGGAGCGGAG